UGCAAUUCUAGAUAAUUUAUAUAAAUAUAAUGGAAAGAAGAAAACAAAAUAAUGUUGGUGCUUGCUCUACUCUAGUCACUCUAGUGGAUAGCAUCAGAGCAGAAGAAGAUGAUAAGGUUCCAAUCAAGAUGAAAAAGUUUGUUACUAAAUGUCCAAAGAUUCUGUUCAUUGAGCCUUUCUAUGGAGGAUCGCAUAAACAAUUAAUAGAUUUAUUAUUGAAUAAUACUUCUCACACUUUCAUUAGUUGCACAGCAAAGAAAUGGCCAUGGCGAGCCAGAUGCAGUGGCUUAAUAUGUUCCCAGCUAAUCCCUGAGUUAACAACAGAAGAAAUUUUAUUCUGCAGCUCUGUUCUCAACUUACCAGAACUUUUAGGACUCAGACCGGAUUUGAAUAAAUUGAAGAAAAUCGUUUAUUUCCAUGAAAAUCAAUUCAUCUUUCCCAUAAGACAAAUCAAGGGUAGAGACAUACAAUUUGCUUACAACCAAAUAACCACAUGUUUAGCUGCUGAUCAAGUAAUUUUCAACUCUAAUUUCAACAAGGACAGCUUCCUGGGAAAUUUGAAGAAAAUCAUUAAAAUGUUACCAGAUUAUAGACCCAAAAAUCUUCUGGACAAGAUAUCACCCAAAUGCAUGGUAUUGUAUUUUCCAGUCAGUUUUCCAGAAUUACCAUCGGAGAAACAACUGGAUGAAAAUGAGCUUCAUAUAGUUUGGCCUCACAGAUGGGAGUUUGAUAAAGAUCCUGAGCUAUUUCUGGAAACAUUGAUGGAGCUAAAGAAGGACAAGUACUCUUUCAAAGUUCACAUUUUGGGUGAAAAUUUUGAGGAUGUUUCAGCAACGUUCGGCAUAGCCAAAGAAAUAUUAAAGGCUAAUAUCUUAACUUUUGGUUUUGUGCAGAGCAAGAAGGAAUAUUACGAUAUUUUGAACAGUAGUCAUGUUGCAAUUUCAACUGCUAUACAUGAAUUCUUUGGAGUUUCCAUGAUGGAAUCUUACUAUUGUGGUUGCUUUCCACUUGUACCAAAUGAUUUAGUAUACCCUGAGAUUUAUCCAAAAGAAUGCCUGUAUAAAGAUCCUGCUGAUUUAUUGAAGAAACUAAGGAAAUAUUGCAAGAAUCCAAAGGAUGCAAUUAAGGCUAGGAGUAAAUUAAAAAUUGAUGUGCAGCAAUAUUCUGGUGAUACACUAUUACCAGAAUAUUUGAAGCUAUUACAUUUGAAUUAAAUUUAUUUCAUC